AUGCUGAGCUUUCAAACUUGCCUCCCGCCAAUACUGCCGAGCGCCUCUGUGCACCGUACCCGCGCUCUAAACUCUCUUUCUUGCUUGGCAAUCUCGAAAAAAUCCGAUUCGGAGCCCGAUCCUAAACCUCGCUCCAACGCGAAACCGAAACCUCGCCGCCGAAAAAUUGAAACUUCUGAAGACGAAGAUGAAGAACAAGGCGAGACGUUCCCGACGACGAUUCCGAGGAAGCCUCGGCGUGGGCGUAGAAGCGAGGCGGCGGCGGUGGAAGAUUACGUGCGGGAGUCACUUGAUCGAACAUUUGCAUCGAUCAGAGAGCAGAACCCAGAAAUUGUUGAGAAGAAGGAAGAAGUGAUGAAGAGGAGAGUUGACGACGAUGAAGAAGAUGAGGGUUUUGGAAGAGAGAAGAGCAUGGUGGUUGAAGAGGAGAGUAGGGAUUGGCCUUUGGAUGCUGACGUGGGGUGGGGGAUUAGGGCUUCGGAGUACUUUGAGAAUCACCCGAUAAGGAACGUAGUGGGUGACAAUGGGGUUGAGCUUGAUUGGGAAGGUGAGGUUGAAGAUAAUUGGGUGAAGGAGAUUAAUUGCUUGGAAUGGGAAAGCUUUGCAUUUCAUCCUAGUCCGCUUCUGGUUCUUGUUUUUGAGAGGUACAACAGAGCAAGCGAUAACUGGAAGGCUUUGAAAGAGCUCGAAAAGGCGGUCAAGGUCUAUUGGGAUGCCAAAGAUCGCUUGCCUCCUCGGUCGGUUAAGAUAGACAUUAAUAUUGAGAGAGAUUUGGCUUAUGCUCUCAAAGUUAAAGAAUGUCCUCAGAUUUUGUUUCUACGUGGAAACAGGAUCUUGUACAGAGAGAAAGAGAUUCGAACAGCAGAAGAAUUGGUUCCAAUGAUAGCGCAUUUCUACUACAAUGCAAAGAGGCCUUCCUGGAUUGAUGCUUCAGAUUAUGCGCUGGUGAAAGCAUUGGUUAAUUCAGAGCUUGGAAGCAUGGAGCAAAAUCGAGAGCAGGUUGUAUUUGCACAAUUAGGUACAGAGUGGGAAUUGGUUAGCUGUAAUUUCAAUGCAUUCUUCACUCAUGAGCUUCUUGUGGAAUAUGGACCAAUUGUACUAAAAGCUAAUGUCAUGGAUAUGAUAUAUCAUUACACUAAUUCACGGCUUGUCAAUUGCAAACAAGGCAAGGCAGUGAAGGCACUCUAUUAA